AUGACCGUGCGAACGGCUUCAGCUUCACCAUCUCCAGUGCAAAUCGUCGAAGUCGGCCCUCGCGACGGUCUCCAAAACGUCCCUGGCACAGUGUCCACCUCGACCAAGUGCGAAUUGAUUCAACGUCUGCGACGCGCCGGUCUCACCGCAAUCGAACUGACUUCGGUGGUGUCACCGCGUGCCGUCCCGCAAUUGGCCGAUUGUCGAGAUUUACUGGGGGAUUCUUAUGUGAAAGAGCUUUUACGUCAGGCGCAAUCACGGGCGCAACGGGGACAUACCGAAGAUCACCGUCCUGCUGCUGCUGCUGCCACGUCCAUCCGUUGUCCGGUGCUGGUGCCGAAUGUCAAGGGCCUGGAGAUUGCUCUUGAUCAGGGUGUCAAAGAGGUCGCGCGCAUUGCACGAGCUCGAGAAGUGACUCGUCUGGCUAUCAAGGCCGGUGUUGCAGUCAGAGGAUACGUCUCCUGUAUCUUCGAAGACCCCUACGACGGCCCAACCCCCCACACCGCAGUACUCCGCUGCGUCCAAUCCCUCCUUGACGCCGGAUGUCACGAAAUCAGUCUCGGCGACACUCUAGGCGUGGGCUCCCCCGCCAACGUCCACUCCCUCCUCGACUAUCUCACCCGUCACGACAUCCCCAUUGACAGAUUGGCCGGCCACUUCCACGACACGUACGGUCAGGCCGUGGCGAAUGUCUGGGAAGCGUACCGCCAUGGGGUACGCGUCUUUGACAGUAGCGUUGCCGGACUGGGUGGGUGUCCGUAUGCGCCGGGGUCCAAGGGGAACGUGGCGACGGAGGAUGUGGUGUACAUGUUUCAUAAUGCGGGAAUUGGGACCGGGGUGGAUUUAGUUCAGUUGGCGGAGACGGGGGAGUGGAUUUCGAGAGAGUUGGACCAGAUGAAUGCGAGUCGGGUGGGAGAAGGAGAGGAAGAAGGAGGAGGAAGAGAAGGAGGGAGAGAAGAAGAAGGAGGAAAAAGAAACACAUUCAUCAACAGGGUCAACCUCCACUCUGGUCAAAUUCACACCUUCAAGUUGUAUUCCCACGGCACAAAUCUCGUUCAAGUGGACAUUAAUGUCCUCUUCCUCCUCCUCCUCCUCCUCCUCCUCCUCCUCCUCUUCUUCUUCUUCUUCUUCUUCUUCUUCUUCUUCUUCUUCUUCUUCUUCUUCAUCUCCUUCUUCCUCUUCGGUUACGUGCUCGAUUCCAUCCGACAAGAACCAAUUACCCACCAAUUCACGCACCCAGUUCCAAACCUGUCAGCAGAGAGCGUGAAACUCGCCAAAACAGUCAAAUACUUACCAAACAACACUCCACUAAAGUAUUGA